AUGGAAAUAUUAAUAGGGAGUGCCACCAAACUUUUACAUACAAAAAAAACAAACCCAUUUAAUCACGAUGGUGAUGGUGAUAGAAACCCAUUGAGUUACGAUGAGAAUAGUCAUAAAAACCCAUUUAGUUCUCUUUUCAGAAAAAACAAUGUCUCCUUCUAUGACGACCUUCGCACAGAGGCCACUCAUAACUGUUUACAUUACAAAAUUGUAGGAUUAAUAGAGAAUGAAUUUGAAAAAAUUAACGAAAUUAUAAACAACAUUGACUAUUUGGACACUUUAAAAGAAAAGGUGCACAAUAGAAAUUUGGGAAAAAUCGUUGAAUCACUUGGGAUAUGUACUCUAAAGGAUGUGUCACCAAGAAGAAGUGAAGGGAAAGAGGAGGAAAAAAUAUACAAGCAGAAAUUCGAAACAUUGAAAAAGAAAUAUGACGAUUUGAAGGAAAAAUUGGAUACAAGGAUACAUCUCGAUCUAAUUAAAGCAGGAGUAUUUUACAACAAAGAAGACAUACAAAACAUUCUUCACGUUGUUAGGAAAUACCAAGAUGAAAGUGCAACCAAAAAGAGCAUAAUUGAUGUUCAAAAUGGCAUUAUACAAAAUGUCGUCGAACGGAACCAAAUAUGCAGAAAUAAACUAGUGGUUGAUAAAAGGAAGAACGAACAGCUCCUGAAGAUGUGCCACACAUACUAUGAGCAAAACAAAAAAGCACAAAUGAAACUAAGAAAGCUGAAACACGCAUUUCUUGAGUAUAAAAUGGCCUUGGAAAGCAUAGUCUCCUGCUGCGAGAAAAUAGGAGGAGACAAGAUCAUAUUGAUGGAUGUCAUAAAGUCAUCUAGAGCUCAAACUGAUCUUUCGAUUGCAACAGACAUAUUGAAUACGAAGAAAAUACAAGAGUUGGAGAUGAAUAUAUGUUACUGUGAGCAUCAAAUCAAUUGCUUGAAGGAUGACCUAGAUACAAUGCUGGACAAGUUGGAAAAUCAAAAAAAGGAGAAAAGAGAAGUUAUGAAUGAGACCUUACGCUAUAAAGAGCACCUUAGGAAGAAUAACGCAUUACUUGUAGAGACAUUGGAAAACUUCCGACAUGUGAUAACAAACGUAGAUAAGUAUAUUUCGAAGGAAGAUAGUAAUAACAAACAUGACUUCAAGGAGAUCUUUGACAAGAACAAGAAAAAGUACAACGAUCUUGUGCGAAAAGCAACACAUAAGAAUAAGGAAAUAGAAAAUGUUGGGAACAAGCUUCUCCUGUCGAAUAGUUUAAGUAAACACGAGUUGAAAAAGCACCAAGAGUAUCUGAAUAAGCAAAUAAAUGAAAUUAGAAAAAAUGAGGGAAGUAAAUGGGGGCACAAGGAACAGGGGCUUGUUGAGGAAGAAGAAUCAAUCAUCCAAUAUGAGGUUGAACAGGAGGAAAAGGAAAAAGAAAAAAAAAGGAAACAAGAAGAAGAAGAAAAAACACAACUAGCCAAUGAGGUGGAACAGGAGAAUGAAAUAAAAGGGCCCGAUCGAAAAGCGGAACAAGAGGUCGAAAGACCAGAUCCAGUAGAUGAAACUAUGGAAGGGAGAAUAAUAAAGCAAGUGAAUGGAAUCCUAGAAAAAAUAGAUGUCAACAAGUUAAGUUUUCAGGAAUGCGUAGAUGUCAUAUACAAAGCGAAUUUACCAUUGACACAAAGCAAGCUAAAUAAAUUAAAGGGAAUGGGAGAAGUGAGCAAAGAAGAUCUUGUAACCUUCAUUAAAACUCUUAUUAUAAAUGAAGAUGAAGCAUUACAAAAUAUGAUAACCUUCUUUGAAAUUUGGGAUGUAAAGAAAACGGGACACAUGCACAAGGAAUUAAUUUUGCUAAUAUUAAGACAGUUUGGAGAUAGUCUAACAGAUGAAGAAAUGGAUUACUUACGAGGAGAGAUAAACGCGAUGAAGGAAUCUAACAUCUCCUACAUUGAUCUGUUGAAAAGAUGGAUCCAUGGAAUACAGGAAUAG